AUGACUAAAUCUGUCGAGGGCUUCUUGGCUCCUGUCGUGAGAUUUAAACAUCUCAGGACAACUGUGUCGAAUCCAGACGCGCAUCAGUGCUUGCUGGCAGUGGCAGAAGUUGUCCACAAUCUGGGCCGCGCAGCCCAGCUCAGCCAACACCGCACAUUCAUCGAACUUUUCGACCAAACGCUCAACCACAGUACUCUGGAGACUAUUGCGUCUGCAUCUAUUGCAGAUAAAGAACUAUGCUCUGCUUUCAGCGUAUACUUUACAACCCUGGAACAAGCGUAUGCGUGGCCGCGCCAUGAUGUUGUUUCGACACCGAAAAACUUGCAAGACCACAAGCUUGUGGUACAAAUGAUAUAUCAUGAUGAGUUGUUCACAAUACUGUGUGAGAGCAUUCUUCAAAGUACACCAGACACUGGAGAUUGCUUUGAAGCUGGUUGUCUGGCGCUGAGCGAAGCAAAUUCGCUUCUAAAGGCAGCCGCGGAUGCCAAACACAACAACACGCCACUUUCAGAUGAACAGCAACGCGUCAUCAAUCUUCUGUACCGUACCUGUACUCAAGAUUGGUUUUUACAAGGCGAUUAUCGUGAUCCCGAAUCACACCGACAGUUUGGGAGAUUGCAUGAGGUGAUACACACAACCGGCACCCAAAGAUCAGUCCAAGAAAUCUUCCAGCGGUCGGCGGUAGAAAUGUUACAACGACUACCAACCAUGCUGCACGAUAUCCCGAGCACGGAGGCGAACAUUGCAGAUCUUUUUGAAAGUCUGCAAGUUGAUGUCAGCUGGGCCCGGGAGGAGUUGUUCGAAAUGGUCAUUGACGAAAUCAUCUGGGGCCAGACAUUUGCCAAGUACUCCAAACCGGUCGGACAGUCGACAAUCGGUGCUGGCGGCGCAGACUGUCCCAUGUUUCGUAUGUUGGACGCGGUCUGCGGCAAAGCAAAGGACCCCACGGGAGAUGUACUGGUCACGGAGCUGGAAAUGCGAACCCGACACUUUCCGCCUACCAUUCGUGGACUGAUUAACAAGAUUGCUGCAUCAUCAUCCGUACGGAAUUAUAUCGCGUCUGGGAAUGCUGGACCCAGGCUGUCGCAAGCAUUCCGUGUCUUUCAGCAACUCCUUUACGACUUGUAUGAAAUGCAUCGAAAGAAAGCGAUGAGAAUCGUGCUGGCUCUGCGAGCAGGUCAACUAUACACAUCAUCAGGCACGCAGAAUGCCCAGUCUCCAGAAUGGCACAUAUCCAACACCCUACGGAAAGCAAUGAUUGUACGAUUUGGGGACGACCCGGCUUCGAGACGGAUUCCUGCAACAGCAGUCCCUGUUCACCAUGAACCGUCUUCUGUACAGCCUGCCGAGUCGGCCAUCAUCAGGCUUGACUUUGAUGCGCCCAUGGUCCUUGCAGCAGGAGAUGCAAUGUCGGUUACCGUUCACAGCGCCGACUUUGGCUACGAGACACGUACAUUUUCCAUCACAAAGACAUACGAAGCCCCAGGCUUUGACACUGCCAGCGACGAUGACUUGCACGCUGCAAAGUCUGUGGAGAUUUGCUGUCGAAGUGCCGGUCUUGUUUCAUCAUUCAUAUGCCAGCAGCAAAAUGCAUUCCCAGUCUCUAUCGCUCUAUCCCCUAGCCCGCAUUUUCGAAUCCGAGCAAAUCAAAAGACAGAAGAGACUUCUCUCUUCAUUGCCCAAAAUGGUGGGCUUGGUGUUUUCCUUGGCUGGCUCUCCCGACGUGAGACCCUAGUUGGCAGCUAUACAUUGGUGAUUGGCGCUCAAAACCUGGACCGCCUCAUAUACACACAAGAAUUGUUCAGCGUCAUGAGCAGGUUCAAAGCCAACCUGAGAGUCAUCUUGUGUCUGUCAAGGCCUGACGAUCAAGAUGAGAGGUUACUUGCUGAGAAUGGAUGCCAAUCCUGCCAUGGCAGAGUCCCAGCUGUGCUUGCAGAUCUUCGCUGGGCGAGGUCUGCGCCAACCUACAUUUGCGGAUCGUCUGAAUUUGCACUGGGCGUGGCUGAAGUCUUGCGCCGUCCUGUGAAAGACCAGAAAGUCAUGGAGAAUCCGCGAAUCAGCAAGAUUAAUACUUCGAGUAUGCCUGACUUGCACUUGCAUGUCGCGGCUGCAAAGCCGAAUAUUGCUGAAGUGAAUGCUCAGGCAAUGCGCAUCAUAUCGCAAUCUGAAUUGGCUCUUCACAAUUCACCAGGGGACAUUUGGAUUUCCUUGGGCGAAACUGUCUAUGACAUAUCAGUAUUGUCGACUUUUCAUCCGGGUGGAGAAAAGACAUUGUUGUGCAGAGCAGGCUUGAACGCGGAUGACAUGUUCAACUCGGUCCAUAAAGGAAGCCAUGAAGUCAUGUCUCUCCUCGCUCCUAUGGCAAUUGGCAAAUUGGAAAAGAAGAAGGAAGCCAAUGUCGAGGGUGAAAAAAUUCUCGAUAUUCUCGUCCAGGCACAAAACGAUUUGACAAACUCAAGUCGAUUUGAGCAGCGCCCAACAGGGUCAGUCCAACGACUUGACCAAGCGCCGCCCUCUGAGCUGGUUCGCAGCUCUCUAUCUCAGUUCUGCAAGGUGUGGAAAGAACUGCUUACAAGAUGCAGUGCGCCGGCGCACAUGUCUGACCUACUCACGACCGGGAUUGAGUCGUUUGAGAAGCGGCUGGCCGAGAGGCAAGACACUCUCUACAAAUCGGUCUUUUGGGACCAGGAGCGAUGCGCAUUAGGGCUUCGCGAUAUCUUUGAUAAUCACAGAAGUGCAGUUGUCAAGAUACACGACAUGAUUGACGAAAUGAAACUCACGGCUGCGAAAUUGCAUUUAUCGGUGGAGGAAUGGGCUAUGCUUUUCGAGAAGGCGACGCCAGUCAUCACCGCAGCAUUAGGUGACGCAAUUUAA